GGGCAGAAGAGCGCGCGGGGAAGGGGGGCGGGGGGACGGCAGGGGCGCGCGAGGACGCGGUCGGCCUAGCGGGGCGGGGCGGCCGCGGGUCGCGGGCCGAUGACGCGCGGCGGCCGGCGGAGGAGUUGCCACUUCCUGGAGGCGCCGGCCGGGGCCGCUCUCUGCACUUAGAUUCGGAGCCGGGAGCCCGCGGCCACCGCCAUGUCCCAUCAGACCGGCAUCCAAGCAAGUGAAGAUGUUAAAGAUAUCUUUGCAAGAGCAAGAAAUGGAAAAUACAGACUUCUAAAAAUAUCUAUUGAAAAUGAGAAACUUGUGAUUGGCUCAUGUAGUCAGCCUUCAGAUUCCUGGGAUAAGGAUUAUGAUACCUUUGUUUUACCCCUAUUGGAGGACAAACAACCGUGCUAUAUAUUAUUCAGGUUAGAUUCUCAGAAUGCCCAGGGAUAUGAAUGGAUAUUCAUUGCUUGGUCUCCAGAUCAUUCUCAUGUUCGUCAAAAAAUGCUAUAUGCAGCAACAAGAGCAACUCUGAAAAAGGAGUUUGGAGGUGGCCAUAUUAAAGAUGAAGUAUUUGGAACAGUAAAGGAAGAUGUAUCAUUACAUGGAUAUAAAAAAUACUUGCUUUCACAGUCAUCUCCUGCCCCAUUGACUGCAGCUGAGGAAGAAUUACGACAAAUUAAAAUUAAUGAGGUACAAACAGACGUGGGUGUGGACACUAAGCAUCAAACACUACAAGGAGUAGCAUUUCCUAUUUCUCGAGAAGCUUUCCAGGCUUUGGAAAAAUUAAGUAACAGACAGCUCAACUAUGUGCAAUUGGAAAUAGACAUAAAAAAUGAAAUUAUAAUUUUGGCCAGUACGACAAAUACAGAACUAAAAGAUUUGCCAAAGAGGAUUCCCAAGGAUUCAGCACGUUACCAUUUCUUUCUGUAUAAACAUUCCCAUGAAGGAGACUAUUUGGAGUCCAUAGUUUUUAUUUAUUCAAUGCCUGGAUACACAUGCAGUAUAAGAGAACGGAUGCUGUAUUCUAGCUGCAAGAGCCCUCUGUUAGAAAUUGUAGAAAGACAAUUACAAAUGGAUGUCAUUAGAAAGAUCGAGAUAGACAAUGGGGAUGAGUUGACGGCAGACUUCCUUUAUGAAGAAGUACACCCAAAGCAGCAUGCACAUAAGCAAAGUUUUGCAAAACCCAAAGGUCCUGCAGGAAAAAGAGGAAUUCGAAGACUUAUUAGGGGUCCAGCUGAAAGUGAAGCCACUGCUGAUUAAAAUCAUUAUAUUAAACAUUAGAAUACUAGUUUUUUUAAAGUCCAGCUUUUAGUACAGGAGAACUGAAAUCAUUCCACGUUGACACAUAGUAGGGAAAAAAAUGUACUUUUUGAAAAAUAGCACUUUUCACUUCUGUGUGUUUUUAAAAUUAAGGUUAUAGAAGACUCAUGAUUUCUAUUUUUGAGUUAAAGGUAGAAGAGGGUUUGUUAUAGUGAUGUUUAAUUUGAUUACACUGUUUUCACAGAGUAAUAACGAUUCCAUGCUUUCACAUAAUUCUUAAAAUUUUAUACACUUGGGCCAACUCCAGAAAGUCUAAUGUCUCAAAGUAAGAUACACUCCUUACUACUCUUUAGUGAGACAUCAAAUUUUUUCUGUAAGGAAGAAAGACCUUAAAAUAUUCAUACUACUUAUGAAUAUGUUAAGGACCAGGUUAGAUUAUUUUCUAAACUGAGGAUUUAGUGUGCCUGGGUAAAGGUGGAAAGUUGCUGACUCUGAGAAGCAACGCUUAACUCAGCCUGUGGGGUCACGUCUGCAACUUGCAGAAACACUGUUUCAUGGCAGCAGUCUUUUCUAUUUGACUUUUUUGGUUUUUAAAUGGCAUUAAAGUUUCAGAAGAUCAGUUCACUCUGAAACCUUAAGGGUACCAGAUAUUUUCUAUACUGCAGGAUUUCUGAUGACGUUGGAAGACCUAUUUGAACAGCUUUAGUAAAUUCUCUCUCUAAUGCUUUACAAAAUUUCCUUUUCAAAAGUAAGUCAUUUCCUUAUAUAGUGUGAGGCCAAAUAUUUAUGUUUAGAUUGAAUGUUAAUAUCCUUAAAAAAACAAAAGUCAACAAUGUUGAAAGAGUUUUAAACAUCAAGAUUGAUUUUUCUCCAGAACCACAUAUUUAUAGGCAAAUUGUGUUCUUUAUUACUUUUAAGCAUACUCAGAUUUAAUAAAAUUGUUGGAAAGUCCUAGUACUUAACAGCCUAACACAAAUUAAACACUUAAGAAUCUGGUUUCAAUUUAUAUCUUAUUUCAAAACACAUUUAACUGUUUUCAAAGCUUUGCAUUUCAGCUACAACCUACAGAAAUUUAGAAAUUUUGAGCCUUUUGUUUUUUUUUUUUUUUUGAUACUUGAAAUAAGGAAGGAGUUAGAUAGAACACUUCGUCAUGUUAAAUCUGAUAAACCUGCUGCAAGAGCCAUAACUGGGAGGAGUUUUCUAGAUGAACGAUGGGGAUCCAGGAUUUCGAAUUUCUUGAUCUAAACUUUAUGCUGCGUAAAACAUUAGAAAUGCACAUUUCAUAGUAUAAAAUAUGAAACACAUUUUUAUACCUUAUUAUCUAAGGUACUAUAUGCACCUUUCAAAAAUUCCAUGUGUGUUCAAGUAAAGCAUAUUAGAAUAAUUAUGGGUUGACAGGAUUUUUUUCUAGAGUUAAGAGUAUUUGUGUGGGGUUUUGUUUGUUUACAGAUAAUCAGACUGUAAUAUUUAAACAUGCAAAAUAAUUGGCAGUAAUGUUGCACUUGUUUUCUAAAGAUACACUUUAAGUUGUUUCAUGGGUGCCCACGUAGACACACACAUACACAAAUUACUGCAUUGAGAAUCCUAGAGUUGUGUUGCAGGCCAUAGCUGAAGCUGUAUUUUCAAUCAGAAAGAACAUUAAGCCUGUAAUGAAGGUAUAAAAUAAUUUGGUAGUGAAUGUUUUUUUGUACCAUUCAUGUGCAAUUACAGUCUAAAUUUUACACUACAUGAAAGUAAAUGGACAUUCCAGAAUAUAGAUGUGAGUAUAUAGUCUUUAAUUAUUAUUAAACCAAGAUUGCUGAAAAUCAGUGAUGCAUUUGUUAUAGAGUAUAACUCAGUGUUUACAAUAUGUUUUAGGUGACAUCAUAACAAUCAAAGGUGAAUAAAAUAUUCCCAGUAAAUUUAUAUAGCAGUAAAGAAUUACAUGCCUUCUGUGGACAUUUUAUAAGUGCAUUUUAUAUUGCAAUAAAAUUUUUUUCUCUUUA